GCUGAAUUGACAGGCAUUUAAAAAUGGCGGAAUCAUCGACGAGAGAUUCGGAUGAUGAUCAAAUUUAUUCGAAAAUAAUCAUUAUCGGAGCUGGAAUGGCCGGUUUGGCAGCGGCUAACCAUUUUUUAAAAAAUGGAGAAACCGAUUUCAUUAUGCUUGAAGCAAGAGGACGUAUAGGUGGACGUAUUGUGGCUAUAGAAAUGGGUAACGAAAAGGUCGAGUUGGGCGCCAAUUGGAUCCAUGGAGUAUUAGGCAAUCCGAUAUUCGAACUAGCAAUGGCAAACGGAUUGAUAGACAUAAUCAGUGUGCCAAAACCACACAAGGUAGUAGCAGCAAUGGAAGAUGGAAAACAAGUGCCAUUCCAAGUACUUCAAGAAAUUUACGAAGCCUAUGUGUGUUUCCUAAGGCGCUGUGAGGAAUAUUUUUUAAGUGCCUAUAGUCCCCCUGAGGGAGUAGACAGUGUAGGUGCUCACAUUGCACUUGAAGCUGAUCUUUAUCUCUCCUCGCUGCCCCCUGAAGAAAGGAAACGAAGAGAAUUACUUUUCGACUGUUUGCUCAAAAGAGAAACAUGCAUAACCGGCUGUGAUACAAUGGACGAGGUAGAUCUCUUGGAGAUGGGAUCUUAUGCAGAACUUCAGGGUGGAAACAUAAGCUUGCCACAAGGGUACAGCGCGAUUCUGGAACCAGUUGCCAGACACAUUCCUAAAAAUUGUAUUCGUACUAGGCAUAUUGUCUCAAGUAUACGGUGGGAUAUAAAUGUAGAUGCAGCAGAUGGUACUGAUUCUGAUGAUUCUGAUAGGACAGUAAUACGAAGUACCAAAAAAGAUUGGCCUGUGGAGGUGUGUUGUGAAAAUGGCAAGAAAUUUUUUGCAGAAAAAAUUGUUUGCACUUUACCAUUGGGUGUACUGAAAGAAAAAGCUCGUGAACUGUUCAAACCUUCAUUACCCACUUCUAAAUUAGAUGCUAUAGAUCGGCUUUUGUUUGGAACUGUCGAUAAAAUAUUCCUGGAGUAUGAAAGGCCAUUCCUGAAUCCAGGAAUAUCCGAAAUCAUGCUUCUUUGGGAUGACAGAAGCUUGCCAGAGGCUGAGAAAGAGGAUCUAAGUAAAACUUGGUUCCGGAAAAUUUACUCGUUUAGUAAAGUUUCGGAUACAUUAUUACUUGGUUGGAUAUCUGGAAACGCUGCUGAAUACAUGGAAAGGCUCAGUACAAAAGAGGUAGCUGAAGCAUGUACGUCUAUACUGAGAAGAUUCCUCAACGACCCAUUUGUCCCUGUACCAAAAGCCUGCGUAACAACUUCGUGGCACUCACAGCCAUUUAGUCGAGGUUCUUAUACAGCAAUAGCAGUUGGUGCAGGCCAGAUGGAUAUAGAAACCAUCGUUGAACCUUUGCACAGUGGCGACGAUGCAACAAAUGUAAGAGUGACAUUUGCUGGGGAACAUACUCACUCAUCGUUUUACAGUACUGUUCAUGGAGCGUAUUUAACAGGCAGACGUGCUGCGCAAACUAUUCUAGAUUCCAGAAAAAGGGAAAAACAGCCACUAAGUCUUAGUUGCGAAGACACAAGUGAUCUUAGUUCAUGGAUCCAAGGCAUUUCUCUAGAUUAGUUUCGAUUAUUCUUUCAGCCCAUUCCACCUCAGAGCAAAAGAAAAUGACUUAAGAAUUAAUUGACCAGUUGGCCUAAGCAAACAUCAUGCAUAAAAAUUUCCAUAUGGGGAAAAAAUGUUCCUGCACGUCUCACAUUUUAAAAUUAAUUAAAUGAAUAUCCAGAGUCGUUUUGCGUUUCAACAUUACACACGUUACAGAGGAAAAUUUAGAGCAAUUUCCGUGUUUCAUUUUUCAUCUUCGCCUUACAUACGUGAUAUGUACAUACUCUGAGGAAACGUAUGUAUUUUUAAAUUUCAGCAAGUGAUACGCAACAUACGCCAAAAAAAUUUUUAUUUGACCUAGCUUUAAACUGAUUGAUACUCUCAGAAAAUCCCGUUGUUAUACAAAAUACAGCUGUGUGGCGUGAUUUGAUUAUGUAAACACUAUUGCUUGUGUAAGUAUUAAGACAAAUUAGGAGAAAAUAAUUCAUUUUUAAGCUAGUUUUUUCGCUGCACUGUAAUAACAAGAACUGUAAGUAGAUGAUAUAACUAGUAACAUAGCUCAAUGUUUUCUGAUUCCUUUGAUUAUAUCGCUAUAUGGAAGUGAAACGAUAGUUUGUUUCACAUGCCUUUAAGCCUAUGAUGUUGUGCUCAAAUCAUUUUUUUAGCUACUUCUUAAUUUUACUAAUGCUUUGUAUAUGAUUCCGGUUUAUAUGCACGUAGAUUGCAACGUUGUAAAUAUAAUAUAAUUCAUGAUUGCCUACGUUAUGUACAUAAAAAUGUCUAUCUAGUGUUAGAUUUCGAUGAGAAUAGCAGUACGCAUAAAUCAGGCAGCAAAGCUUACUAAAAAUAAUUUUUCAUAUAUCACAUUGUCUGUGACACAAACGUUUUAUCUAGUCAAAUUAUAUCCGUCAUUUAUGGCACAUAAUUGGAACCUUCUUUAGCUUUGACUUAAUUUAUUAAGUAAUGAUUUACCACACCUUAAAAAUGAUGCCGAAAAUCGGUGAUAGAAUAUAUAUAUUUCUUUAAAAUGACAGGUGGAUUAUUGGACGUUACAUGAAUUUCUCCCCUUACUUACCUGUAUGUAAUAAGUACAAGUAGACCUAGGUAUAAUCAAUUGCCAACAUAAAGGUUUACUUUUCAUCUCUUGUUGAUAACAUCGAACCUUGUAUAAAUCAGAAGAAAGCGUUUACUGUUUUCGGGUGACUUUAUUAAUCGAGAUUGUUCGAUUCACAGUACAUGGUAAUGUUCUAAAAUAAUAUUAGUGAGCAGAUUUAUAUAUAGAUAUAUAGCGUAAUCUCUGCUAGUAUCAAUGACAGAGCUGGGAUCUUGCGAUCAUCUAAUACCAAAGUACAACAUGUAUUUUCAAAGUGAAACUAGUGUGAGUUUGUUAGCAUGGGGCUCAUGCAACAUGAUCGUGUACACACUAGAUGCCGAGACGAGGGUGAAAUUAGUCUAGUCGUAAUUUUACAUCAUUUUCAGUAAAAUCAAUAGACCCAAUUUGAUACUUUCGUUACCGAUAGCAAUUUAUGUACAUUUUGUGUAUAAUGUAUGUAUAGAUGUAAUAGAUUUAUCAUUUCUUCGAGAUUUUGAAGGCAGGUCUUUCAUUCACUUAAUUCUUCUAAAAUACUUUGUAUACUGAAUUAACAGUCGCUGGAUUUCAAAUGAUAUCAUGCAAUAUCAGCAGUAUUAUAACAAUCAAUAUGUUUGGUGUCUAAGAAGCUAUUUCAGAUCAGUACAAGAAUGCACAAGCCAAAGCCCGAUUGCAUGAAGUAAUCAAUAACCACUUUAGGUACUCUUAUGUCACUUUUUUUAACUUGCUGAACGUAGUAAAUGUGCCGACUCAAUUUUCAGUUGAUCACAAUUUUAUUCGAUUAUAUAUAUUGUAACCAUUUACAGAUGAUGCGUUUUUUAUUUAUAUACGUGUAUGUUGACGUUAAUCAAUAUUUAUUAUGGAUACAAUGAGAAUAAAUUAUCCUUUAACAUGAUUGAAAGUUUUACAGUUCUUAUUCAUUCGCAAUUGACAAAGGACUUGCAGGUCAAGAAGCAGCAUUCUGUAAUCUCUACUUCACUUCGUAAGUUACUUGUCGCAUUUCUUUUGGUAUAAUGAUACGAAUUCUGACAUCAAUAAAUUCCAUAAUCUUCAUAAAACAAUAUGUUGUUUCUGUGAAGUUGAAAAGCUUCUGCACUUGUCAGAUUAUUCAUUAUGUUCAAAAUUUACCAGAAAUAUAAUUUUCAUGUCAAUUUGUUCUCCACUUUGAUCAAUUUUCAAUAGAAGUGGGUGACCCAAAUGCCAAUAAUAAAAAUUUUUGCAAUGUUUUUUUUACAAUAGCUGAACUGUCGGAUGAAGUUCUCAUGUUUAAUCUCGUUAUUCACUUAUCACAAAAUCAACUGUUGAUUCUUUACAACUAAUUUCUAAUGUUCCUAACUGUAAAAUUUAAAAUUAAUGUGUAUUUUUAAAGUUUAUGAAGAUAUCCAGUCCUUCUCGGUCAAAAGCUAUCGUUCAAAUCGCUGUUAAAAAUGUUUUAUGUACAUACAUUCGUUAAUAUCACGCAAUUGUAACACACCAAUCAUGUUUUUGGCAUAAUAUAUCCAAUUCAUCGAAUCGCUCGCUGUUACGAUCAAAUGUCACUCCUAAAUUUAAUUUCAAGUAUCAUCAAACUGUGGGUAUAAAAAGCGCUACAAAAAUAUGGAUGUUUUUUUUUAUCGCAAUUUGAUAUAACGUACAAGUUUGUAUUUACUAUGUAUUACGACUCUUUCAUAUUUUUCUAAAAAUAAUUACAACAAGACUGCUUCAAUUUCACCUUUAAUUAUGAAAUGAGGUUUACAGGCUACACACAAAAAUGGUGGUCGUUUACUGAAUGUCUAAAAGUACACUUUUUUUUGUAACAGAUGUAAAGUGAUACUUAAAAAAGAAGUAAUAACAAUGUAAAUACUUAUAGUGCAUUCGGUAUUUACAUUUGAUUCCUUGAUUACCUCAAAACGCGACGCUUCAUCUCUCUCCUCGCGACGCAUUUCGAGGAGUUCUUCUCUUGUCAGGACGCAUUUCGAGGUAAUCGAGGAAUCAGAUGUAAAUACCGCAUACGGCUUUAUUUUUCGCGAGUGCCUAAGAACUUGGCGAAUUAAUUAGUUUUAUUUUAUUCAAAUUGUCGAAAAAGUUUUAUUAAGAUAAACAGCUGCGAAUGGUAGAAAAUUUCUAGUACAGUUACAAUGUCGCGUUUCGUAGCCUGCCUUCAUCAUUAUUCACCUUUGCAUAAUAUUUUUUUCUUCAAAAAUUACAAUUCGUAAAAUUACUAAACAGCGUAUUUUUGAAUCAUCACCUAACUCUUUUUUUGUUUUUCAACUUUCAAUUUGUAUUUCAUUCUACUUGCCAUCAAGUCUUUCGCUUCAAAUCAAACAUUCUCAAACAACGUGACAAUCUUGAUUUUUUAUCGAGGCCAUU